AUGGAGGCGCGUCCGAAAGAUUGGGCGACGGCUCCGGAGAUCACUAACUUUGGACACGCCCUCGAAGGCAAGCUAAAGUUGAAGAGCCCUGAGUUUGUACAGCUCACCCUUGCCGCGCUCGCUGGAAUGCGAGACAAGUUUAUCGAAGCAUCAGAUCUUAUUUCCAAGUACGCUACUACAUCAGUUCAGCUGGCUCACUCAUCGCCAAAGCAAACAAAGCUACUCAAGACAUGGGGUAAAUUCGUGAAGCGGAGCCCCUCACCAAGGAGCAUACACGACGUUUCAACAGGUGCGGCCAGCGAGGCCAGCGAGGAGCAGCUGGUCAAGUCAAAGUCGCGGGCGGGAUUGAGCAUGAAGUGGAUCACCUCGGACAAAAGUGCCAUUCUUGUACUUCUGGAGAGCAUAGAAAAGACCAAUAACCUUUUACUCGAGCUCCUCCAUCCCAUGUUACAUCACCAGAUAGACCGGCGCGCCGAAAUGUCGAUCCUCGAUAGCGUUGAUCACGACACACUCAUCAAGACUGAAAGAUUACCUAAUGGAAGUAUGAUAUUUUCCAUCCAAAGUGGAGGCGGUGGGCAGAUGGAGAGCCUUCAGGACCUCAUUCGCCGAGAGAGCACCCCAUUGCCUCUCGGCCAUCGUUUCGAGAUUGCGAAACGCCUUGCCACUGCCGUGCUACGCCUUCACUCUGUUCGAUGGCUACACAAGUCGAUCCGUAGCGACAACAUCGUUUACUUUCGCAGCGAAGACGAGUCGAAUCGUCCUUUCUAUGAGCAAAAUGGCCAAUCAACGAGAACAGAACGCCCCCAUCGGGUCACCCCGACAACUUUGUCCCAUGCGUUGUCGGAUUUUUAUCUUUUAGGCUGGGACCUGUCGCGGCCAGAUCAUCCUUCUGAGCUCUCUGAGACCUUGUCCGUGUCAACGGCUGGCUUCCAGACAAAACGUGAUGCCAUAAGGUCGUACAGUCACCCUGAGGUCCAUCCGGAAUCGGAAACGAUGCGGCAGCGCUAUCGAUCUGAGUUUGAUAUAUACAGCCUCGGGCUGAUUCUCCUCGAAAUAGGGUUAUGGAGGACGAUUGACACCAUUCGUAUACGCUCCCAAAACGACUCAGAGUUUAGGCUCAAAGUUCAGACAGAAUACUGCGACAAGCUAUUGCCCAAGAUGGGUGAAGUUUAUUGGCGCGCCGUUCAACGAUGCUUGAACAACGAUUUCGGCAUCUCUGAAGAUGCUCUCAGUAGGAGUGAUUUUCCUCUUCAGCAAUACAUACCAUUCCUGCUCUCCAUUUCCCAGUAUCCCUGUUUUUGGCACCUUUAUACCAUCCUCACAUGGCCGCCAGCUCGAUGGCCUGUAGCAUUAAGUGUUGAUGCAGAACCCUUCAAAGCUGUGUCACACAUUCUCAUCCCCCUACCAAUCAGUGACGAGUCGCGGUCACUCCCCGGUCUUCAUCCACCCCACACAUGCGCUGACCCCGCAUCUCAAGCUCACUCCUCCCAGCAGAAUUUUAUCCCAGCACAGAGGGAUAAAAUGAGACUCUUAAAUGCCUGGACCCUGGAGAUCGAGGAGUUUGGUGCCCGCAAAACGCCGCCAUAUGCAAUUUUGUCGCAUACAUGGGGUGAAGGCGAGGUACUCUUGCAGGAUAUACAGGCCGGCAAAGAAAAAGCUCUAAAGGGAUAUCCCAAAAUCGCCGGCUGCUGCAAGCAAGCGAGAGAAGAUGGGUUUGAGCACGUAGUAAGUCUGGGAACGUUAGAUGAGAGAGGCAGUAUCAAGGAGAACACCCAUCUGGAUAGAUACAUGCUGUAUAGAUAA